UGCUGCUGUUUACUUUUCACAGAGCUCAGAUAACUCCAGCACGCGCUCCGCAGGCUUCGUGUUCAGUGGGAGAGUAAGGUUGGCGUGUGCUCACUCCAUUUUACUUGGACCCAGAACUUCCAGGCCUGGGCGUUCUACCGUGUCUGUCGGUCACCAGGUGCCCCUGUAGGGGGUGAAUUAGUUCCCAGGCGCUGGUCAGGAGUGCUCAGCUGCAGGCCAUUCUCCAGAGAAGAGCGCGGCUGGAGAAGCUGGCAGCCAGGAUGGUUGAGGAAAGUGGGAAUAAGCGGAAGACGCCGGCGGAGAAGAGGCAGCUGUUCAUAGACAUGCGUGCUCAGAAUUUUGAUGUCAUACGACUAUCAACUUACAGAACAGCUUGCAAAUUACGAUUUGUACAAAAGCGAUGCAACCUCCAUCUUGUUGAUAUCUGGAACAUGAUCGAAGCCUUCCGAGACAAUGGCCUUAAUACACUGGACCAUAGCACUGAGAUCAGUGUGUCCCGCCUCGAAACUGUCAUCUCAUCCAUCUACUACCAGCUGAACAAGCGCCUGCCUUCUACUCACCAGAUCAGUGUGGAGCAGUCCAUCAGCCUCCUCCUCAACUUCAUGAUUGCUGCCUACGACAGUGAGGGCCGAGGCAAAAUGACAGUAUUUUCAGUUAAAGCUAUGUUAGCAACUAUGUGUGGUGGAAAAAUGCUGGACAAAUUGAGAUAUGUUUUCUCCCAGAUGUCAGAUUCCAACGGCUUAAUGGUAUUUAGCAAGUUUGACCAGUUUCUGAAGGAAGUGCUGAAGCUCCCAACAGCCGUCUUCGAAGGGCCGUCUUUCGGUUACACCGAGCACUCAGUCCGCACCUGUUUCCCACAGCAGAAAAAGAUCAUGUUAAAUAUGUUUUUAGACACAAUGAUGGCCGACCCUCCUCCCCAGUGCCUUGUCUGGCUACCUCUCAUGCACAGGCUUGCCCAUGUCGAGAAUGUCUUCCACCCCGUGGAGUGCUCCUAUUGCCACUGUGAGAGCAUGAUGGGUUUCCGGUACCGAUGCCAGCAGUGCCACAACUACCAGCUCUGCCAAAACUGCUUUUGGCGUGGUCAUGCCAGUGGUCCUCACAGCAACCAACACCAGAUGAAGGAGCAUUCCUCUUGGAAAUCCCCUGCAAAGAAGCUGAGCCAUGCAAUUAGUAAAUCGUUGGGGUGUGUACCCACCAGAGAACCCCCGCAUCCUGUUUUUCCUGAGCAACCUGAGAAACCACUUGACCUUGCAAAUAUCGUCCCUCCUCGCCCUCUGUCCAACAUGAAUGACACCAUGGUUAGCCACAUGUCCUCCGGAGUGCCCACUCCCACCAAGAGGUUACAGUACAGCCAGGACAUACCCAGCCACUUGGCCGAUGAGCACGCGCUGAUAGCCGCCUAUGUGGCCCGUCUUCAGCACUGUGCACGCGUCCUGGACAGUCCUAGCCGACUGGACGAGGAGCACCGGCUUAUCGCUCGCUAUGCUGCACGGCUGGCUGCAGAGGCAGGGAACAUGACCCGUCCUCCCACCGACUUGAGCUUUAACUUCGAUGCCAACAAGCAACAAAGACAGCUUAUUGCAGAACUGGAAAACAAGAACAGAGAGAUCCUGCAGGAGAUCCAGCGUCUCCGCCUGGAGCACGAGCAGGCCUCCCAGCCCACCCCUGAGAAGGCCCAGCAGAACCCCACGCUGCUGGCAGAGCUGCGGCUGCUGCGGCAAAGGAAAGACGAGCUGGAGCAGCGGAUGUCGGCUCUGCAGGAGAGCAGGCGGGAGCUGAUGGUUCAGCUGGAGGGGCUCAUGAAGCUACUGAAGGAGGAAGAGCAAAAGCAGGCAGCCCAGGCCACAGGAUCGCCACACACGUCGCCCACUCACGGAGGCAGCCGCCCAAUGCCCAUGCCCGUGCGCUCACCAUCUGCUGGCUCCACGCCCACCCACUGUCCGCAGGAGCCCCUGAGCGGAGGCGGGGGCGACGUGCAGGAGGCCUUUGCACAAGGUACGAGGAGAAACCUCCGCAAUGACCUGCUGGUGGCUGCUGACUCCAUCACCAACACCAUGUCCUCCCUGGUGAAGGAGCUCCAGGCAGGUGAAGCCCAGAGCUCCCACCCGGCCCGCGCCUCCCUUCUCGCCGCGGGGUUAACGGAGGAGCCAGGGACCGAGAGGAAGCGGCCCCGGAGGCGUGGAGCGAGCUGGCAUCGACCUGAGGAAGGCGGGGUUCUCCCCCAGAGGCGCAUUCCUGUCCGUCUUUCCACUGCACACCUGGAUCCGGCUUGCAGGCUGCCAGAUGUCACCACCCGCCCGGGAGAGGGGAACCCAGAGCCAGUGGGGAGUGGGAGGCCGCCUGAUGCCCUGCUGGUGGGCGGCCCCCUCGCCCAGUCCUGCAUGAACUAGCAUCUUCGCUCUCCCCUCAGGCAGGGUCUCAUCUCUGCGGGGGGAGUCUAUGGGGGUUUGAAAGAGAAAAGAAACAGCACAAGCCUCCUGUUUG